AUGAAAAUAUUUGGAAGGCUCGUCUCCCCCGGAAGGUGUUCAUUGACCUAUUUCCGAGCAGAAUCCGUUUCUACACUUACGAAGCCUUCACGGAGGCUGCUAUGGCAUUUAUCCCAAAGGGAUUUCUUGUCGACGGAUCUGUGGAAGACCAGACAAGGGAGAUCGCAGCUCUUCUUGCCCAUUUCGACCACGGAACUAGUGGACUGCUAUACAAGGAGCAAAGUGACCCGCCAGACACAUACUGUUUACCCAGUAAAGAUUUUCCUUGUUAUCCAGGAAAAAGCUAUCAUGGUCGAGGGCCAUUGCAGCUGUGCUGGAACUACAACUACAAAAUGUGCGGCGAAGGUAUAGGUGAUGACAGCCUUUUGUCUCGUCCUGAAAAGCUAUCACAAGAUCCCGUAAUUGCGUUCAAAUCAGCGCUCUGGUUCUGGUGUACGCGCCAGUGGAACAAGCCAUCCUGCCAUUCUGUCAUGACUGGAAACUGGACUCCACUAUCUUCGGACAUCGAGGCCAACAGGCUGCCAGGUUUUGGAUUGACGAUCAACAUAAUCAAUGGAAUUGAAUGUAACAUAGAGUCAGCUGAGGCUAAUUCUCGUGUGGAGAAGUAUAGAAAGUUUUGUGAGCUUUUGGCCGUCAACCCAGGAGAAAACAUAGAUUGCAGAUAUCAGAAGCCGUUUGGAUGAGUCUGAUCACGGACGAGGAAUGAGGAAACAAUCGUCUGACCAGAUAAAUCUAAAAUAUAGAAGUACAGAAAUCUCUCUGGAGAUGGCGUUUUCCUGAAAGGAUUGGAGGCGAAGAACAAGAUUAAGCUCUGUUUUCUUUUCUGGAGUUUAGUGACCGCGUCAGUGAAGCGGGAGUGCGGCCAAGAGUGUAAGAGCAUUUGAACAACCUCGCACCAAUUCAUGUACACCCGGCGUCCCAUCUCCAGAACUAGUCCGGGCUCUAAAACCCCUUGCGCACUUACCUGUAAAGCUGAAGUUGCGAGCAGAGUGAAACCGACAUGCUCAACUCCUGAGAACUCACUGCAGUGGAACAAACACUCUCGGGUCCACCGUAUUAGGAUUUACUGCAACGACCUUCCCGUGUCGCAAUCGCAGGAAA